AUGGAGUCUGGAGACGUGAAAAUCAAUUUCAUUACGAAGACGUUCAGUACUGUAACCUCACCUUCACCCUUGAACCUCAAUAAUGUUUGCAUCACCUUCUCUAAGCGAUACAAGAAGUCUCCUAUUGGCAAAUCCGUUAGAAGCGUCCCUUGGACUGGAUUUGAUCCAGCAUCUCCUCUCCCCGUCUCCCAAAUCAAUUUGAAACUCUCUUACAACGAGUUUACUCCGAUCCAUCUCUUCCCGCUCAUCAAUACUCCUCUCCAAAAUCGUCCCUUGUCCAAAUAUAUCGCUGAGGCAAUCGCUGCUCGAGCGUAUCUAAGCGUUGGGCUUCUACACUCGAUGCUCAUGUCAGUUGACGUUAUUAUUACUCAAACGCUGUUUGCAGUGACUCCCGCCGUUUCUUGUCUUGCGGAAGAAGAAACCCGAGAAGGAGAGAACAAGUCGACGUGUCCCAUCUGUUUGGAGAAUUUGUUAAACGAUGACGACAACAUUGAUGACAAAAUAGAAAAUUGCCACAUUGUUUGCAUCGAUUUCAUAAAGAAUGUAUCAGCGAGUGGUUAA